AAACAGUUUUUAAAGAAUUUGAAGAAGAAAGAUUAGUGAAAGAAGAAGACAUAGAAUUGUCUAAUCCUACUGAAGAUCUUUAUUCUAAUGAACUAGAUUUAAAUUUGAAUGUUUCAAAUUUUAUUGAUCUUCGUUCUUCAGUUUUUACAAACUCUGAAAAUCGUUAUAAAAAUGAGGUGUCAAAUGAAAUCAAGUCAGAUGAUGAUUUACAAGAAAAUAAAUAUGACGUAGAUGAAAUUGUUUCUAGACAGUUCAACAAUUCAUAUUAG